AUGGGAUCCAGAUACGCUCAGCAGCAGUACCGCAGCGUAUCUAGCGAAAACGUGCCGUCCACGGCCGGGUCUACGCUGGCGUAUGACCUGCGUUGCGGACGGUCAGACUCUCAGUUACCUACUCCGAUGUCAGCUGAGGCGUUGGAUCGGGUACUGGGAAAUACGCCCAAGCCAAAACGCGACAAAGUAAAGGGUUCCAACCCCAUUACUACUUGGCUAGGGAAAUACACGGGCAAGGGAUUUGUAAACAUUGAGGGACUUCAAUUGGGCCCGCCGAGCCCCCCUCAGCCCCCUCUUCACCCGAUGCGCCCCAUUGUUAAGCGGGCAUCAAUGUCGGCCCCUUCGUGGAAGGAGUCUUCUGGUGAACCUAAGGAAGCGCUAGUUUCCAACUCCAUUGCAUGGCCUACUGCCGCCGGGAAGGACCUCCCCGAACUUCCCGGCGAGGAAGUUGUCUUAAGUCCAGCAGGAAAUGGCUCUAACUACGUGGUCCCUGACACGCCAAUCCGCCGUGUAGUUGACCCGGCGUACCGGAAACCCGUGCCCUCCAACCCGGCGACCAACGUUGGAUCCCAGGAAACGAAGGAUCUCAAGGCUGAGCGACGGAAGGGCCGGGUCUUCAAUGAAGAAGAUCUUCCGAAGGAUCUUUAUGAGUUCCCCAGCCCUGAUGACUGGGUUACCGAAGAUGAGGCAGAGGAGUACUUCUGGGAAGACGCUGGGUUCGAUGAUAUCCAAGAACCAGCGUCUGAACAGAAGCCAUUAGUCCGUCGCCUCGAAACUAUUCCUGAAAUCGUCAUUACUGAGCCCGAUGACGAGGGAAGUGCUGAGCAAAACCGGAAGAAGCCUCGUAUGCAAUACAAGAACCAGCUAAGCGUCGACAAUAGCUUUGAGGUUCUCUACCACAAGCAGACGAGCCAGGUCAGAAAGCUAAAAGGUAGGGUAGACUGCCUGCACGUCCUAGCAUUCCUUGUUGCACAGGCAGAGGACCUCGACAUGGAUGAUUUGGUUGCUGUACAUGGGGCAUUGAAGCAUAUCAUUGACGACCGUGAUAAGCUCUUCGACUUGUUCCCCUUGGCGAAGACAUUGGCCAAGGACCAGAAGCUGGACGCCAAGGACGUCAAGGCUCUCCAUCGAGCCUUGAAGAAGGUUCUUCUGGACCGUGACAAUGCCCUUCAAGAGGUUGCUAUUGGUAAAGCUACCAUUCAGCGGCUUAAGGACCAGAUUGAAUCUCUGCGACGAGAAGGGAGUGAUUCCCUAGACGCCGAGCGUUACGUCUACUUGUAG